AUGUACUACCAAAAUUACAAUUACCCUCCCCCACAGUCGGCUGGGGAGGUGGCUACUAUCCGCCGCCGCAACAACAACAACAGCAGCAGUGGUCACCAGCACCACCGCCGCCGCAGUCUUACUAUUCCAAUGGAUACCCUCCGCCAGCACAACCACCCCAUUCAUACUCUCCACCACAAUAUCCGCCCCCCGGCCAUUAUGGCCAUCACACUCCGACCCCGCCCCCGUCGUCGGGGUCACAGCAUCGCUCUUAUCACAGUAAGUCACACGCCGUCAUGGGGCCGAAGCCAAACGCCCCCACGCCCUCCGAUGGAGGCGCAGCAGUUCGGCAAGGGAGCUCCGUCCAACUAUCGCUUCCAGUAUUCCGCCUGUACGGGUCGACGGAAGGCCCUGUUGAUUGGCAUUAACUAUGCCGGGCAACCGAACGCCCUCCGCGGCUGUAUCAAUGAUGUGACCAAUAUGUCGACUUUCCUCCAUGAUAGAUACGGCUACCGGAGAGAAGACAUGGUCAUCCUGACCGACGACCAACAGAAUCCCAUGAGCAUGCCGACCAAAGCCAAUAUCCUGCGUGCAAUGCAAUGGCUGGUCAAGGAUGCCCAGCCGAACGACUCGCUUUUCAUUCAUUUCUCAGGACAUGGCGGCCGCACACCGGAUCUGGAUGGAGACGAGGAAGAUGGAUACGACGAUGUCAUCUACCCGGUGGACUACCGUACGGCAGGACACAUUGUAGACGAUGACAUGCACGAUAUUAUGGUACGGCGGCUGCAACCAGGUGUGCGUCUGACCGCUAUCUUCGACUCCUGCCACUCGGGUACUGCCCUGGACCUUCCUUACGUAUACUCCACUCAGGGCAUUUUGAAAGAACCCAAUCUGGCCAAAGAGGCGGCCCAGGAUCUCUUUAGCGCCAUCACGUCAUAUGGACAAGGCGACUUCGCGAGUGUCGCCCAGACUGCAAUUGGCUUCCUCAAGAAGGCCGCCCUGGGCGACUCUGCGCGCGAACGAACCGUUAGAACCAAGACCUCCCCUGCGGAUGUCGUCAUGUUUUCAGGCUCCAAAGAUACCCAAACUUCAGCGGAUACCUUCCAGGAUGGAGAGGCUCGAGGUGCAUUGAGUUGGGCUUUUAUCAAGACCUUACAACAGCGUCCACAACAGAGCUAUUUACAACUGCUAAACUCGGUUCGGUCCGAAUUAGAAGGCAAAUACAGUCAGAAGCCGCAGCUGAGCUGCAGCCACCCUCUAGAUGUCAAUUUACUCUUUGUGAUGUGA